AUGUAUAAGCAAAUACACCGCCAAAAAGAGUGUCAUCAUUUCACUUUAUUAAACCUUGGAGCUAUGGCAUCUUCAUCAGAGACACUGGAGGCAUUGUCCGUGGAUAAGUUGAGCUCCGAUCUUCUUGAAGUUUCAAAUCAGCUACAAUCCAUAACCAAUGAGGCAGAAUUAUUGGAGCUUGUAUCGCAUCUAACAUCUCUUGAUUUGUCCACAAAUAAUCAUUUAGACAAUUUAAUCUACCAUUCGCGCCUCUCGUAUGAAAGAAACGCCGUCAAUUUGGAUUUGUCUCAGACUGAUCUCUUAACAUCAUUGUCAUCAUCAUCGUCAUUGAUAAAGAUUUUACUGGAUAGUUCAUACUUAUCAAGAAAGUUAACCAGGAAAGUGAAAUUAUUAGAUUAUGAAAGAACCAGAGUGGCUAGAACUAAAGAGUAUGUUCAGAAUGUCAUUGAUUUAAAAUCGAAAAUCACAUUGAUCUAUGAAUCACUUCCUAGAAAAAAUUGGGAAACCGUAUCUAAAUCAAUAUCAUUCAUAUUGAAUGAAAUUCCUAGUGAGAUUUUGAAGUCAUCAAAAUUUGCUGAUAUAAUGAUCCCAACUUCGGAAAUACCUGACCCUCCAGCAACAUUACUUUCUCAAUGGACCUUUGAGUUGAAACGGCAUUAUAUUCAAGAAUUUAAAAAAGCAGUGGCCGCAAAAGAUAUUGUUAAUUUAACGAAUUUUUUUUCUUAUUUCCCAAUGAUUGGUGAACCAGCCACAGGUAUCUCCUGUUAUUCUGAUUUCAUCAAUAAUAUCGUCGCUGGUCAAGCUAGACAACUCAUGGUAGGGGCCCCUCGAGAUAAAUUGAAUUUCUAUAGUGCUGCAAUAAUGAAAUUAUUUGAGGUGGUUUCUAAAAUUGUUAAUCAACAUUCCAGUGUUAUCUUCAAAUAUUACGAUUCUGAUGCAAUGGUUGCAAUUUUGCAAAAUAUUCAAAGAGAGGUUGAUUCACAGGCUGGAUUAAUUGCUGAUACUUUCUGGGAUGCAAGAAAUUUUGAUAAAACGGUCCAUGAUAUCAGCAGUUAUUCCUUUCCUUACUUGAUAGAGAUUUCAUCCUCAAAAGAAAGCGUGCUACUCAGAUCAUCUUCUACCCCAACGAAUAAUAGUAACUCUAAUCUAGAUGAAACUGGCCUUAAUAUAUAUGAGGAUCCUAUUGAACAGUUGAUUUCGGUUGUGGAUAUUGGUGACUAUAUCAAUGAAAUAUCUACAUUAUUGAACCGUUGGUCCUUAUAUUGCCGAUUUAUCGCUAUAAAAUAUAGGCAAUACUCUUCAGAGAGUAAGAAAAGCGAUGAGGAGCAUUUGUCCUUAGUUCCUCCUUUGCUUGAAAGCACUUUCUUGUCUAAAGUGGAAACAAAACUCGUUCCAUGUUUGGACAAUUUGUCAAACUAUUAUUUGAAGAAGUCUAUCGAGAAAUCUUUCAAACUCGAGGAGCUUCCUGAAAUUGCUUCACAAAUGUCAGUUUUCUUGAAAGCAAGUGAUGCUGGUAAUUUGUCGUCUCUUGAAGAUAUUAAACCUGUUGAGUCGCCACCAGUCUCCUCGGUUGUUGAGGAUAUUAUUAUUAUUUUGAAUACUUUGCUUACUAACGCUUUAGAAACUGGCCAACCGGUUCAUGCGAAGAAUGUAUUCACUAAUGUGAAAAAGAACUUGAAUAAUCAUUUCCUCAAAGUAUUAUUGAACAAACUUAACGCGUUCCAACCCCCUCUGGGUUCUAAUUUAUUGACUGCGAUUGAAUCGAUAAAGAAAUCAGAAGCCUCCAACCUUGCAGUUGAUAUGAAUGACCCAAAUAGAAAUAUUAUAACUGGUAACUUAAGCAGUCUAAGAAAUGAUCUUAACUCAGCGAAUGCUCAACAAAAUGUUUUAUCCAAUAUGUUGAAGCGAGGUGCAGAUGCAUUGAACUCCUUGAGCUUGAACGAUGAAGUCAACAUUGUGAAUUUUAUAAUCUACAUUAAUUCUGUUGCAGUUUUCAAGGGUUACUUCAAUAGAAUUGUGACUAAUUUGACUAAUUAUAAUAAUAAUAAAGUCAACAAGAACUCAAUAAUGGAGAAUAAUUUCAAGUUUGGCAAAGAUUUGGAGAAGUUAAAGGAUUUGGUAGAUGGGAAUUUAGUGAGUUUUAUCAAUAAGACCUGCGAUAUUAUCAUCAAAGAAUAUUCUCAGGUGUUUUUCAAUAAAGUUUUCAAAAAUAGAAUGAGAACAAUAAUUAAUGAAUUCUUUGCCGGUUCUAAUAGCUACUUGAUUGAUAGUUCCAGCUCAGGCAACUCUGAUGUAGAGAUGAAAAAGUUUCUCAAGAAUUGGUUGAGUUUGGUGAAACCGUAUUACCGGAUAUUGUCUCCUGAAGUUUUUAAUUCAGUUAAUAAGCUAAUCAUUUUAUUGAUUGUCGAUAUCAUAGAAAAGAAAAUAUGGUUACUAAAUAAAAAGAUCAAUUUGCUUGGCGCUCUUAAGUUGGAAAAGGAUGUUAGUUUAAUUAUUAAUGAAGUUACUAAGGACAACUAUUCUUUGAGAGAAAAUUUCAUUAGGAUCACACAAAUUAUCAUGAUCAUGGGCUUCGAUGAUGAAACUGAAGAGGAAGAAAUGGAUUGGAUUUUGACUAGCAAUGAAAAACACAAAGCUAGACAUUUGAGAAUUGAUAAAAAUUGA